CGAGAAAGCAGAAAGCAGAGUUGCUAUGUUUUUGAUUUGAACUCAAGGGUGUCUUCUUGAGCUAAAAGCACACUCUCUCUUUCUGCUCUAUACAGCUUCCAACAAUCCCCACUCUAAUCCUCUCUGUAUAUGAACAAAUAGUGAUGGGAGCAGGGAGGAGAGUGCAAACCUUCAAUCUAAAUGAUACUGCAGUUUCAUCUCCAAACAAGGCAGGCAGUAGCACAGACUUCAGAUAUUUGAGCAAGAAGAAUCUUGGGGGAGUCAUCUUUGGUUGCACAAAUAGUACAAUUAAAGAGUGUCUUCAUAAACAACUCUUUGGCUUGCCUGCUUCACACAUAUCAUAUGUGAGUAAUAUUGCCCCUGGUUUGCCUUUAUUUCUAUUCAACUACACCGAUAGAAAACUACAUGGGAUUUUUGAAUCAGCUAGCUCAGGGAGAAUGAACAUUAAUCCAUAUGGAUGGACUCCAGAUGGUUCUGGAAGAACACUAUAUCCAGCUCAGGUUGAGAUUUGUCUCCGGCUGCAGUGCCAAGCACUGCAUGAAGAUCAAUUCAAACCAAUAAUUGUCGACAAUUACUACAGUGCGACCCAUUUCUGGUUUGAGCUGGACCAUGUUCAAACAAACAAAUUGAUGUCUUUAUUGUCAUCUUUAGCUGUUGCUCCAAGCACCUCGUUGCCACAAAAUGUAGCCAAAUGGAGAGAUCUAUUUGAAGUAAUACCCUUACCUCACAAAGGAAAGGGAAAUCAAGUGAAUGAGGCUAAUUUGGAUGUUGAUUUUUAUCAACUAUAUGAAUCAAACAGAGAUAUGCAAUUGGCCACUUCAGAUGUCGUUCCAGGUUUCAGUGGCAAUAGCCAGCCAUUAGAACUGCACCUAAAAAAAGGAACUGUGCCUGAAGAAGAGAAGGAACAUAUAUUGAUGAAACUAAAAGAAAUGACUAUUGCACGUGAGCAUACAGACUCUUCGCUGAAGAAAAAUGUUGAAGAUGCUGCUAUUGUAAAUGAUAUGAGCAUGGAGCAUAGCAGCAUGUUAAAAAGAAAUGAAAUAUCAAGAGAAAAGGCUGAACCUGUUAACACAUCUGACGAUUCUGAAAUCAUAACCCAGUUGAUAGAACGGUUAGAAGAGCUAGAGGCUUUUAAAGAAGAACAACUUCGGAGGACUGAACAUGCAGAGAAGAAGUUGGUUGAGGCAGAAACAGAAAUUCAACAGCUAAAACAGCGGUAUAUAACACUGGAGUGCAGACUAAAUCCUUGCACAUACCCUGUUAAGGAGGGAAUAAUUGAGUUCUCUACUGAGUCUCAUCUGAAUUUUAAAGAGUUAAUAUUUCUUGUGGGUGGAUAUGAUGGGAAAACUUGCUUAUCUUCAUUAGACGCUUAUUUACCCUCACAAAAUAAGAUGAAAUCUCUAAUGCCUAUGAGCGUUGUCCGUUCUCUUGCCUCGGUUGCUAUGUUAUGUGGGGAGCUUUAUGCAUUUGGUGGUGGAAAUGGUUCUGAAUGGUACAACACAGUUGAAUCAUACAAUCCUACUCACAACAAAUGGAUUCCUCGCCCCUCUCUGAAUGGACGACCGAAGGGGAGCUUAGCUGGUGCUACUUUACAACACAAGAUUUUUGCAAUUGGUGGCGGGAAUGGGUGUGAGUCCUUCUCUGAGGUCGAAAUGCUAGACUUAGAUCUUGGACGCUGGGUUAUGACACAAUCAAUGCUAGAAAAGCGAUUCGCUCUUGCUGCAGCGGAGCUUAAUGGGGCCAUAUAUGCUGUUGGUGGAUAUGAUGGAAAGAAUUACUUAAAGUCGGCUGAGAGAUUUGACCCUAGGGAACACACAUGGACCAGAAUCCAGAGUAUGAAUACAAAUCGGGGAUGCCCUGCUUUAACUGUCAUGAAUGAAAAACUAUAUAUUAUGGGUGGUUUUGAUGGAAAUGAAAUGGUCCCAAGUGUUGAAAUAUAUGAUCCUCGCAAUGGAUCAUGGAUGACUGGAGCUGUGAUGAAUAAACCCAGGGGAUAUUCCGCUGCUGCUGUUCUGGAGGAUUCUUUGUAUGUAAUAGGAGGAACUACAGACAGUGGUACCAUAACAGACACAGUUGAAAGCUACAAGGAGGAUUUAGGUUGGGAAGUAACUUAUCAGGGAUCUAUGGCCUGCAGGUGCUUCGCCUCCGCUAUUGUUUUAUGAAGUGAUCUGGCUACCUGAUGUGCUUAUAUUAAGUGACACCAAUUAUCAUAGUAAACUAGAAAAUAUCAAGAGUUCCAGAUGUGCUUAUAUAGCUCGAAACUAGUUAUUUUGGUGAACUAGCUAGUAAAAGAUAAUUUCUCUGCCACUAUAAAAUAUGGAGUUAAUUGCAAAAUGCACCCUUAAA